AUGGUGAACCCAGACAUGUAUUUUGGCGAUGAUUUUGGACAGAAGAUCGAUCUGACGGUCCGUAUUCGUGAGAUUCUACGCAAUUAUCCUGAGGGUACAUCAAUCUUCAAGGAAAUGGUACAGAAUGCCGAUGAUGCAGGGGCAACAGAAGUGAAUUUGUGUCUGGAUUAUCGUCAGCAUGCAACUACAGAGCUUGCGUACGAAAAGCUUGGGUCGUUUCAGGGUCCGUCCCUUUUGGUGCACAAUAACGCCACAUUCACUGAUGCCGACUUCCAAUCAAUACAGCGUAUUGGAGACUCUUUAAAGAAGGACAACUCGAAAGGAUGGAAGACUGGACGCUUUGGUGUUGGUUUUAAUUCCGUUUAUCACGUGACCGAUCUACCCUCGUUUGUUAGUGGUUCGCAGUUGGUUUUCUUUGACCCUCAGGCUUGUCACUUGCCAAAUGUUAACCCAAGCAACCCGGGAAAAAUAAUCGACUACAUAGCGCACCCUGAUCUUGUGAAUAAUUUUCCUGACCAGAUUUCUCCGUUCCAAUGUUUUGGGUGUAAUUUUGCCGAGCCAUUCUCGGGAACAAUUUUUCGCCUUGCGCUUCGAACGAUAGAGCAAGCUCAGCGGAGCAAGCUCUCUGAUCGCGCUCAAACGCCUGCACAGAUGGCCGAGAUGCUCGAAGAGUUUGCGUGCAGCUUGCCGACUGUGCUGCUGUUUUUGCGUAACGUGUGCAAAAUAUCGGUUUGGGAGUGGAGAGUGGGUGAAGAAAUUCCAACUAUAUUGCAGGAAGCUUUGCUUGACAAUACAACGUCUGAAAUCAAGGCGAAACGGUCAUUGCAGCACGCUACAUUGGCCUCGUCUGGUCAACCUACCCAGAAGUUCACUACUGAAGGAAUCUUCUGCGACUAUCCAUUGAAAAUUGUAGCUCGUGAUUGUACCGCAAACUUGUCAAAGGAGUACGAGUACUUGAUUAUGAAUCAGCUUGGGGGUGGGGAAUGCUCAAAAAUUGCUUGCAAUCCAGCCAAUGUCGACCAGCGUCUAGUCCCAUGGGGUGGAGUAGCUGUUUCAACCGCUGUUGAUUCUGAGAGUUGUGCUACUACCUCUGGCCUGGCUUUUUGCUUCUUGCCAUUGCCAACACAUACGUACUUGCCUGUGCAUGUUAACGGGUACUUUGAGCUUUCAUCAAAUCGUCGCGACAUUUGGUUUGGCGAAGGCCUAAGCGGGGAGGGGCUGCUACGAGCUCAGUGGAAUAUUGCAUUGCUUCGAGAUGUGAUUGCGCCGUGCUAUGUUCGGGCAAUCUUGCACUUAACUAAUGACCUAGUUAUGGCUCCUGAACAGCAUGUUAAGCUGUUCCCGCACGCGCUUCCACCAGCACCUUGGGAUUCUUUAACACACGCGUUUUUAUCACUGAUUCGAAGCAAACCAUGUCUAUACAGCGACGUUGGAGGUGGUCGUUGGGUGUCUCCCACACAAAGCAUGGUGGUUCGCAGCAGUUGCCCCAACUCAAACCAGCUAAAGCAGCUAAUGAUUGAUGAUGACUUUCCUAUUGUCAGAAACUUGGCAGAAGAACUUGAACGCGUUUUAGUUAAAACGAAAACAAUUCCGUCGUACGUUGAGCCACAGGCUGUGCGAGAGGCAUACAAAACGAAGCAUUCCGUCCACGCAGGUGACCAAGAAGCUACUAAGUGCCUGCUAGGCUUCAUGUUGAGCGACCUAAAGCUAGAUACUUUAAAUGCUCUUGUCGAUGUUAACUUUCUCCCUGUGGCCGAUGGAACUCUUCGGACAUUUGAGAGCCGUCCCAAAGUUGAUUCUAGCGAACUUAAAUACUUGUGUUCAAUGGGGUUUUCGCGAUUACACGCGGUUUACGCGCUUGCAGUUGCUGGUGAAAAUGGAGCGGAAACAGCCCUAAAUUGGCUGCUUCAGAAUCCGAAUCCAUCUGCGGUAUGUGGAGAAAGAGCGAGUACUUUGUUUUUGAUCCCUAGCUCUGAAGAAUUGUCAAUACUGGACAAAGCGCGCGGUCACCUGGUGAACAUUGAAGUGAUGAAUGAAAGUAUGCUAAAUCUUCUUUUAUCGGACGCAGCAGGAAAGCUUCUUAAUGUGCAGAAGCUAGACUACCAAGGAUUUGAUGAUAUGUUAGCAGUGAUACUACCUGCCGCGUGGUUUGGAAAGCGAACAGUACCAUGGACUGAAAAAACGGACGGACAAACGCCAAACGUGGAAUGGUUUCGUCAGCUCUGGAAAUACAUAGGUACAAGUAAGCAUCUCGCGGCAUAUAAGGAUAAGUGGCCAAUCGUCCCAACUUCUUCCAACACGUUAGUGCAGUUAAGUCUUUCAGCUGGUGUGCUGAGUGCCGAACUUAUCCCUGAGGGCUGUCUCCGGUGCUUGGAAAAGCUACAAGUUCGUAUACUUCUACCAAAAUUGUUUGCGACUUUUCAGCCCAAUCCAGAUAUAUGGCAGUACAUUCAUCAGCCUACUGCUGUCGGCGUGCUGUCGUGUAUUGAAGCGAUCAUAGGUGCAGAUGGAAGCUUGGCAAUGUCAACUCGGGUGAACGAGUUGUUUGCACACACUGAUCGAUCAGACAGGGAAGACCUGCUUACGUUUCUGGCGUCCGCAGUAAUUGAGGAUAUCGGCGUGGAUCUCAAGCACAUUUGCUGCAAUUUACCAAUUUUCCCGGGAUUUCGAAAUGUUAGUCAUAUUGAACAGCUCGAUGUUGGAUGGGUAAGCGGCGACGAAGAUCUCGAUAAUACGGACAGUGGUUUUUCUCCUACCUUUGUUUCAGUUGCUGAGAUUGAUGCGCGCCACAAGGAACCCCUGUUAUGUGUGGGUAUGGCUCCAAAGUUUCUUGACGACAAUUUUGUUUUUGUGAGAGAAGGCGACACAUUGCUUUUAAACCUUUUGUCGCACUUAGGCGUUCGACGCAUUUCAAAAGUAGAAAUGUUUGCGAAGUUCUUGAUUCCUCGCUUUGAUUGCAUUGAACCCAAAGCACGCGUGAAAUUUGUCUACGAAUUAUUGGUGGAACUAACUGCCUUGCUAGCGCAGGACAGUGACGGCAUUUUGCUACAUAUUAUCGAGACUGCGGCAAUUUUUCCAACAAUGACGGGAGAGUUGAAGUCCAUUGACGAUUUAUACGACCCCGAGGUAGAUGAAUUUAUGGAAAUCAUGGACGACUCAUUUUUCCCGGCCAUAGAACUUCAAGAUUCACAGCCGCUUUCCGCAUUAAGAUCAAUUGGUCUACAGCGUACAUUGUCGCGCCGAUCCAUUUUGUCGCUCGCGGUAUCUUUGGAGCAUGAUCAAAUGAAGAUUUUGGCAGCUAAUUCUUUGCUAGAACACAACACUGAGCUGGAUGAAAUGUGUGAAAAGUUGCGUGCCCGUUCGUUUAACUUUUUUCAGUAUGUGGACGCGCACAUGAGCCAAUUAGUCACCCCGAUACCACUUCAAAGACAAGCACAAACUUAUACAACAAAAGUUAAGAAAAAGAGCAGAGGAAUUCGUUUUUUGCGGAACUUUUUGGGCGAUGACCGCUCACGUGUACUUGAUACAGAAAAUGGUGAACGAGUGCCUACCGCAGAAACUCAGGAGGAGCAAGCGAUCGAGCAUACUGAGAUUGAAGAUUUUAAAGCAAAACUGGCGAUCAUCAUGUGGAUUCCAGUGCGCGAAGAGAAACCGCAUCCUAUAGCGCCAUGGCUUAAACACGGAGAGCGAAUCAUUGUUGCGUCACCGCAGCAAUCCCGGCCGAUCAAACAUUUGUGGCUAUGCUCGUCACAAUAUCACAUAAUCAAGUGCUCAGUGCAAUCGGAGGUAUUACGAACCGUUUUGGGCUGGGAGAAACGCCUACCUAUUGAUACUAUUGCAUUUCAGCUAAAGGAGAUCUCGCUAAUAUUUGACAAGCGGAAAUCACAAAUUGAAACUGAUCUGAGCUUAAAAGUUGAUAAUGAUGGGGACACACAUGUUGUUUGGUCGGCAGUGUACAACAUAUACCAGCUCCUGUCGCAAUUCUUUGAGGCUGAGCAAGGAGGACGCCGCGACCAGGUGUUGAGGAUUCUAUCUGGAAAUGGCAAAUACGUGUGGGUUGGUGACCGCUUUGUGUCGGCAAGUCAUGUCGCAACAGUGGCUGUCGUAAAUGCUGAACCGUACAUGUAUACAGUUCCUAAUGAACUACUUCACUUCCGACCCUUUCUACGAGCAAUUGGCGUUCGAGAAAGGUUUGCGCUGGCAGAUUAUGUGCAUGUUCUUGGAGCGAUGCACAAGGAAUGUUUAGCAGGGGUGACUACUAGGGGUAGUGAUGUUAAUGCUGUCCAUCUCUCGGGUGAUAAGCUGGCAUUGGUGAUUGGGUUAGUCCAGUUGAUUAGUGAUACGCUACAGCAUCACUCUGAUUAUGAGCUAUUUGCUCCCGACCGAAACGGUGUUCUUGAAUUCGCAGCAAAUUUAACGUUUGAUGACGCCCCAUGGCUGGAUAAGCGUGACUAUGAGACUUGUUCGGGAUCCACGCGAUUUAUUCACCCAAAAAUUUCGAACGAAGUGGCUGCAAAAAUUGGGUGUUGUUCCUUGCGGAGCCAGUUAUUGAAUGAAAGUGGCCAUGAGGCAAUGUCAUUUGGCGGUGAAGGUAAUGUGGAGGUCUUCGGCCAGACAGAAGCGCUAACAAAACGGAUUGCGCACAUACUGGAGCAGUAUCCAGACGGACCAAAUAUCUUUAGUGAGCUGAUUCAAAACGCUGAUGACGCUGGAGCAACUCGUGUGUGCGUGCUCUACAAUAGUUGUUCAUAUGGGACAUCGUCGCUGUUAAGUCCAGCCAUGGCGAAGUGGCAAGGACCAUCACUGUUUUGUUAUAACGAUGCUGAGUUCAGUGAUAGAGAUUUUAUUAAUCUUGCUCGCAUUGGUCAAGCAAGUAAACUGCAACGUGCUGCUACUACUGGUCGGUUUGGACUAGGAUUUAACUCGGUGUACCAUUUUACAGACCUACCUUCGAUUGUUUCGGCCAAGUCUAUUGUGAUGUUUGAUCCUCAUGCUACUCAUUUGCCUGGGAUUUCAGCUGCCAACCCUGGAAUCAAAAUUUGUUUUGCAAAUUCAAGCAUCGUCAAGCAGUUCCCUGACCAAUUUGCGCCGUUUAAGGGUGUGUUUGGAUGUGACCUUGAGCACCAUUACAGAGGGACUCUAUUUCGAUUUCCACUCCGUAACAGCUCUCUCGCAGAAUGCAGUGAAAUCAAGCGUCGAGGCUACUCUCACCACGAGAUUGUGGAACUAUUUAAAAGCUUCCAGGAAUCAAUUGUAGAUUUAAUGUUGUUCCUUCGAAAUGUUCGCACAGUAGAAGUGUAUCUCCAGUCAGAAACCAAUCAGCCUCCUAUGCUCCUCUACAGUGCAGAAGUUCCUGAAGUCGAUCGUGGCGAGUCUUGGCGUAAGAUUGAUCGAUUCAUGCGCAAUGACGAGUUAGUGGCAGACGAACCUGGUAUGACGGAGCUAUUCGCGAAAAGAGAGUUUUAUGCUCGCUUACGAUCUACACCGACGGACGAGCUACCAUCGGUGACCCAGGUUCUCCAUGUUCGUCGACGACAACAAAAAGAACUGGCAAACUUGUUUCGCCAAUUUGAUGUUGAAUUGGGGUGUACAGGAGCCGAGACAGUUGAAGCUGAUCAAGCAUAUCAGGUGGAUGAAACGAUUGAAAAGUACCUUGUAUGCAACCAAAUUGGCGGCGGAAAGGCCCGCGAGAUGGCCUGUGCCGCUGCAAACGAGUCGUUGAAGCUUAUUCCAUGGGUUGGUAUUGCGAGUCGUAUCGACGGAGUGCCUGUAGAUGGCCGUGCUUUUUGUUUUUUGCCUCUUCCAGUACGAGUUGGCCUACCAGUUCACAUUAAUGGUUACUUUGAAUUGUCGUCGAAUCGGCGCGAUAUUUGGAUCGGAGAUGACAUGAGUGGCGAUGGAAAGCUCCGGUCCGAAUGGAAUGCAAAUCUGUUGGUAGAUGCGGUCGCUCCUGCUUACUUAACUUUUCUACUGGAAGCAAGAGCUAUGUUUGAGAAAAAGCCCUCUCAAUAUUUAUCAUUUUUUCCGACAAAGAUGCCUGCUUGUCCUUGGGAUAGCAUUGCGCUUGAAUUGUUUCGCAUCAUGAAGGAUCGGCCGAUGUUUUUUGCUUCAAAGAUCCAGCUACAGAGUAACACGUCUGCGAAGAUUUCCAGAAAAAUAGUUGCUCCAAGCUCCUGUGUUUUAGUGGAUGACAGUCUUACUGAUUGCCAAACUCUUGAGAUUGCACUAGGUGCCGCGUCACUAGUGACCGUGCAUGUCCCUAUGGCACUACGCAGCUUGCUAAUUCAGCUUGAUGCCGUCUACGGAGUGAUGACACCUGCCUUUUUCCGGCAACUGACGGGACAAGGAGACUUUCUACCUACCUUGGAUGCAAACACUCUUCAGCGGGUUGUUAAAUUUUGCUUGUCAGAUUGUCAAAGCUCUUCAAACUCCCUCGCGGAAACUCUCAGCCAACUACCAUUACUGCCCCUAAAGGACGGAAAAUUUGGAAAAAUUUGUUUCAAUGAUGAAAGUUUGCGAAGCAAUGAAUUGGACUGGCAAAGUAAAAAACAGCAGCUAAACUACGUUUUUGCAAGUGCCAUAGAGGAACAACUUUUGGCCGAUUUUCCACAUCGUGUCGUACGCAGGGAGUUUAAGGAGCUAUUUGACCAGCUGCCCUUUGUGUACGAGUACUCAAAUCUGAGCGUGGUGGAUCUCAAAGCCAUACUGGCUAAUUUCUUACCACAUGUGCUUAGCCACUGUUGGAGUAAACCGAAGGAAGAUGUUUUUACUAUUUACCCAUCUUCACAAGUGGAGAACAAAAAGGAUUGGAUACGCCUACUGUGGAAGUAUGCGGAGACUCAAUUACAGACGGUUGAGCAGCUACCCGAAGCCAUUACAAAGUGGCCGUUGAUUCCCAUCAUGUGUGAGGAUGAAAAUCAAUGGCUAUGCCUGUCUGCAAACGUUAGCCUUGUUCUUCCUCAUUCGGAGGCACCUGUAUUGUCGUCAGAUAUACUCCGUCAGCUGCGACAUACAUUGGCGAAAGUGGGCAUUUAUGUUAUGAAUACGGCAUACGUUGCCGGUGGAAGGAGUGCGCAAUGGUUGUUAGCGCGCAAAUAUGCUCACAAACUGACUUCAAACGGUCUUUUGGCAGCCCUGAGCCGCUAUCAGCUCCGCCACAAUAGGCAAUCUUUUGAUGAACUUUUUGCUGCGACGACGUCAGACGAUCGACAAGUGUUGUGCGAUUUUUUCUCACAAAAUACAUUUGAUGCCAUAUCAAAUGACUUCCAGCCUAUUCUGUUUGAGCUUCCGAUAUUUUCUGUACAUGAUAAACCCGUUCUUGACGCUACUAGUACCCGACAUGACGACAACGUGCAGUUCGUCAGCUUAAGGCGAGGAGGAUACUUACCUGACACGGGUGCCGAUGCCAGAAUACUUGACGAUUCGUUUUUUCGUGUUGAGAAAGAAGCCACAAGGAGGUUUCUUCGUGACUGCGGAAUCGAAGAAUUGACGUACGCCACAAUCUUAUUGGAUCAUGUUUUCCCGCAACUACCGGUCUUGGAAAGACACGAUGGAAAUUUGGUAGAUUCUGUAAUCAUUAGUGCCCUGGAAACACUUUCAUUUCAUCAGCGCAAUGACACGCGAUUUCGCGAGUUUAUUUCAACUCAUGCAAUCAUUCCUUCUAGAAAACGGAACUUUCGUGCUGUCAACCAACUUCAUGACCCUAGUGUGAGCGAGCUGAGUGAAUUGGUGGGUGAGAACAGUCUACCUGCCCACGCAUUUUCAACUUCGUUAAUCGUUAACAUACUCCGGCCGCUGGGGCUUCGCACUGGACUGUCGUGCCACGCGGUGCUGGAAAGUGCGCGCUCCAUUGAAGCGAUGUACAGAGAAGACGGUGAUGAGCUUGCUGACCGGGCUAGUCAUAAGGCUCAAAGUUUGCUCACAAUUGUCAACAAACACUUUGAUUCCAUGAUGUUGGCUUCUAGUUCAAGUGAUUGUACUGCUGAUGAGGAAACAGAAAAUAGCGAAAAAGAAGCAAUGCAGGAAAUCAUGACAGCCUUGAAAGAAGUUCAAUGGUUGCCUGUUCUUAGUGAGUCACCUGAACCUGCAAUGCCAUGGAAAAGCUCAACUAAAAGUAGCCACCGAGUCCGCCUUUCGCGUGCGUCAGAUACGCGCCCACUUAAAGAUGCGUGGUUCUGCUCCUCGUCAAUGAAUAUACUGGACGGUGAGCUGAUGUCACAAGAGCUUAUUUCCGAGUUUGGGUGGAAUGAACAAAUUGACCCUGUUGUGAUUGCAAAGCAGCUCGAAGCAAUUGGCUCGUUGUGGGAAGAAUACUGUCGCAAGAAAGAUACUAAGCCUUUGUUGUCGUCUCCAAGCUCGAAUUGGCGUUUUCCGUCGUCGGAAGUGUACCUAAUGUAUGGGUGUUUGGAGAGAUAUCGAAUGUCAGACGAAGAGGGCUGGCUGAUGACUCCUUUGUAUCGCAAGCUGAUGGAUGCUUUGUGGAUUUGCACUGGCAAAGAAUUUGCAUGCCCACGCCAAUUCGCAGCGCAGGCGGACGCUAACUUAGAGCCACUUUUGUAUUGCUGCCCAAGAGAGCAUAUUAUCCCGCGAUCGCUUCUUGCUUCAUUUGGCAUUCGAGAUACCUUUUCUACGGUCGACUACUUAGAAGCGACUAUGAGACUACCACGAAACGCAGCUUUGAGCGAGAAGGAGGUUGUGGCAUGCCUAAAAAUCUUUGAACUUCUUGCGGAAGACACGCUAGCACUGGAAUCAGCGCUAAAAUCCUUCGUUCUACAUGAAAUGGUCUUAAUGGAUCAGACAAACCAGUUAAUUCCUGCCGUACAGCUAACAUUUGACGACAUGAAGUGGAAUGAAUCGCAAGAUAUUCGACGGGGGAUAAAGUUUGUCUCAGAAAGAGUUCCGGAAACUGUUUCGCGCCUGCUGGGUGCUACAUCCUUGCACUUGAAGCUUGCACAGACGACAGUAACUAGCCAGCCUGUAGUUUGCCCAGCUGCUGAUGCGCUACAUGGUAUACUACCUUCUCCAUCGGAGUGGCAUCAUGCACUGCUUUGGGAAACAAUUCUGGCAGCUGAGCGACUUGGAGGUACUCAAGUCGACUUUUUUCUGGAUAGCCGUCAUCACUCAUCGCAGCGCGUAAUCGAGCCGUCGCUGCAACCUCUUCAAGACGAAGCACUGUGCAUUCAUAUCCACGACGUGGUUCUGAGCGAAAGUGACAUUAACAACUUGUUUCACCAAGAGCCCUUGCGUGCGGGGCUUCUAUGCGGGUUUAUUGCGUCAGACUGCAUGCAAAUUUUGAGUGGGAAGGGUUUUUAUAUAUUGGAUCCGACGGGGUGCUACCUGUCUACUCAUACAACGAUACCAGCUUCAGAUCGGGCGGCAUGUAUUGGUCGACGGUACGAAGUGCGAAGCCAAGAUUUUUUGCGAUACCCGGACCAGUUACUGCCGUUUACAGCUCUUCCAUCGUGCCCAAGCAAUGUGUCGCGAGGAACUCAAAGCACUUUGCUUCGAUUCCCGUGGCGCAAAAAGGGAUCGGAUGUAUCGUCAUAUGUACUGGAUUCAAGAGAAGCGGAGAAUUUGAUUACGUUUUUGAAACUGCAGCUUUUUCAGACAUUAAUUUUCACAGAGUCCGUCCACCGUAUUUCGCUUUGGAGUGUAGGUAAGGAGUCUGAGUUUGCAUUUCACUGCCAUGGCUAUGUGUCUCUUGAUGCACCCGAGUCUACACUUCGGAAGCGCAACAUGACGCGCCAAAACCAAGAGUGGAAGAAAAAGUUCUCACUCCAAAGUUUUUUUAAGAACCCAGUGAUUCCUGAAAACAAAAUGGAGUUUAUUGUUGAUCUUGAACUGGAAAACCGACAUCAUCGCGACACAUGGCUGUUUGCGGAUAAUAAUGGAUGGGGUAGAAGUCGUGAUUUGGCAUGCACCCCAGUCCACGAGAUGCUUCAUUCGACUCCGUACGUGAGUGUAGCAUGCCAUAUCUUACGCGACAGCAAUCCAGCUCCACGUCUACGUGGUAGCGUGUACGAGAUCAUAAACACUGGCCAGCUGGUGGGGCUCCCAGUGCACAUCAAUGGUUGUUUCAAGAGAGCCACAAAUAAUAAGAACCUAGCACUGACAGUGUCAUUUAGCCAAGUCGGUGGAAGAGAUGAUGGUGGUGUAAGUGGUAGUGACCAACAGCUUGCCGCGGUUUGGAACCGUGUUUUAGUGGAAGAUGGACUUACGGACGCGUAUAUGAGGCUUCUUAUGGCUGCAAAACGAUAUUACGCAAGCAGAUUUCCCAAGGCACUUUACAAUAUCUGGCCAACAUUACAAAAGCGGAGAGGCGAAAAACAGCUUGGUACCUUACUGCAGACGCAUACAUACCAUUCUAUUGGAAUGCGGGAGCUAUUUUUAUGUACUGACGGAAUAUUCCGUGCACUAAGCGGUGGGUAUCAGCUUGACUUUGGUGGCAUCAACAUUCAGGUGGCAUCAUUUGCUCAGCUUCAUUUCCCAGCACUUGACGUCCCGACAAGAAUUUUGCAAGAUUGCUUGCGACUUCUGCCCUCAAGUAUUUACUCGGUUACGCCAAAAGUGAUGCGUCGAUUUUUAAAAAGUGAGAGCAGUUUUGCAAUUCACUCGGACGUCUGUUUAUCCUUGUUAGAGUAUUGCCUGAGCGAUUUGCCGUUCCCCUUGCCAAGUGAGACGGACCCGGUUUGGGCCGAGCUUCAUGGGCUUUGUCUACUUCCGCUUGAAGAUGGGAGCAUCGGUGUGCUUCGAAUAAACCAACGUCGUACAAAUUAUGUGCUUGCGUCAUUCAACCAGGUUGAAUUGCUCCGGCCACUGGGCCACCUCUUUGUAUCUGUGGUGGCAUCCCAACGUCUUCACAAGUUCUUCUCGGACACUCGUUUCACCUCCGUGUUUGGUCUGGCUUCGUUCUCCAUCAAGAUUCUGUCCGACAACAUUGAAAAGAUAUUACCGUCCGCCUGGAAAAACCAAGCAAUUGUUCAGUGGGAUCCAAAGUCGCCAAUUGGAAUUGAUCAGCUGUGGUUGUACCGUUUUUGGCAAGUGGUAAACUUCGAGCGCCGCUCUCUUGAGUAUUUCGCAAACUGGCCACUAAUUCCUGUGAAGGGCUCACGGUUAGUUUCUUGCAGUAAGAUGGAUAUGGCUAUUUGUGUGUGGGAUGGCUCGGCAGAUAGCAAAAUAUCUGCAGAAGUUGCUGAGGUAUUUCAGGCUUCAGGUUUGCAGCAAGAAAAGAAGAUGGAUGAAGUUCAAGCUGAACACAAGCGCUUGAUGGAGCUGAGCUCUGCAAGAUUCAAAACGGACGACGAAGUAGCUGAAAGCAGUAGUUCGGACGAAGAAGAACGUGGUGGAGAGAAUGGGGACGAGGACAAUGGAGAGAUUGCAAACGAUGAUGAAAUGGCGUCUGUUUCUGAUGAUAGCUCAUCAAGUGCAACAACGCAUUUGUCCAUAAUGGAAGAUAUUGCACCACAAAAUCAAGACAGAUCUUCUAGUCUGGGCGGUUUGCCGGCAAAUGAAGACGCUAGUGAAGAGAUGUCUUUAUCACCCGAUUCAACAUUACUAUCACCAGUGACCGUCAGCGAUGAUGACGAAGCUAACGUCGAUGACGUUGAAACUGCUGAAGCUUUGGCCGUUUUCGUGUCUACAGUGGAGGAUGAAUCACACGAGUUUUGCAGCCGGGAAACGCUUCAUGAAGUGCUCUUCGAUCUGAAUGUGGCAAUGAUGGAGCUUGCUUAUUUUGGCCAAAAACGUGACAUUGUUCCAAGUAGUGCAGACGUGGGUUUGGUCGUUCUUGACGGAAUUUUCGCAUCAGUGUGGGAGAAUUUGCGUUGGGAGGAAUUAGGCGAAGCACGUGCGGUGCUGCUUGCCGAGUUUUUCAGUCAUUAUGGCAACACUUCCGGUGGAUAUAAUCGUGUCCAGCUAGGAAAGCUGAAACAGCUGCCAAUUUUUGUGACUAUUUGUGAUACACUUUGUGCAAUUGGUAGCGGCCUAGAUUUCUUCUUGAUUCCGCCAGAUCUUAACCUGACAGACAUCCCAUUGCCUCCAGAUGCACAGAAAUGCUUUCUCAAAAGCAAUUCACGCUUAAAUGCGUUUUACCAGGAACUUGGUGUGGAAGAAAUGAGCAAUAGCAAGCUUCUGAUGUACGUAUUACCGAUGUACGAGGAGCUGCUAGAAUCUCAGCGCAAUCAGAUACUGCGCAUUAUUUUACAAAAGUGGCAAUCAUUGCGUGGCAACGCGGAAUUGAUCACCUUGCUCAAAACAUCCUCUCUCUUUCAAGAUGGCACAAGUUAUCGGCCAGCGAGUUUCUUCUGCGAUCCUCGAAACAGUGUCCUCGCCACAAUCUAUGACGGGGUUAGCGGACGGUUCCCAGCUCAAUGCUACAGGACGUCCGAGUGGCUGGAUUUUAUGGGUGAGAUUGGGCUGCAAACAGAAGUGACUGUCGAUAUCUUUGUGGAGUGCGCGCGACGCAUUGACGAACAAUGUUCAACUAAACAAGCUCUUUCAACCGAAGACGAGCAUCUCACUACAACGCUGCACCAUUAUUUUGUCCAGAAUUUUGACAAGUUUGAUCGGUCACGGUCAUUUUUCGACCAAAUUAAACCACUGGCAUUUGUUCCUGCCGUUGUGUAUGAUACAUCCGAUAUUGCAGAGUCGGCACAAAAUGUAUCAGGACAGUUCAAAUCGCGCUCCGUUGUGCGUAAGUACUCCGAGUGCGCUAUUUCAGACGACCAGGCGCUGGCGUAUUCUACGAUGCCGAUCUUGGCGAGCGUAGCACAACCACCACGCGUUCUUUACAGUCGCUUAGGUAUCAGGUCUCCACCACCUCAAGAUAAGGUCGUUGCCCACUUGUUGUGCAUCACGAACAGCAAUCGCGCCUUGUCGUCACGGCCACUGGAUUGGCAGUUCUUCUUGCCAAUGGUCGAAGUGUUCCAAGCAGUUUUCAAGUUUUUGCAGGAGAACUGGAGAGAGUUGGAGGUGGAAACCCAACGGCGUCUCAUUGCAGCGGCAGUUAUCCCGGUUGGUUCUAUCCUAGUAAAGGGCUCUCGCUUAUUCUUUCAUUUAGGCGGAAAUUUGGCUCCAUUGAUGUUUGAAGUGCCGCGGGUGUUCGGCGCGUAUGAUACGCUAUUUCGUAACAUGGGAUCGAAAGAAUCCCCGGAAGUGAGUGACUAUAUCCGACUACUGCGCGAUUUGAAUGACGAAUGCUGCGGUCAACCGUUGAACUUGAAUGAACUGAUUGCAGCUUGUCGUACAAUCGAUCUUCUCGUGACUGCCAUGACCGAGUCCAAUCAUCGUCUCUCGUUGGAUGAGAAAAACAGUAUUUUCCUUCCGUCGGGAAGGGCGAUAAUGCAAUCGAUGCUGGUGAUGGCUUACAACGACUCACCAGCGCUUUGCUCAAGUAUUGAUCUCACAAAAUUGCACGUGGCCCAUCCUCGUAUAAGUACAAUGUGCUGCAAAAGACUGGGGGUGCCAGGAAUUACUAGUGUUGUGACGGAAGAGCUAGAUGGUGGCGAAAGUCCGAUGGAGGCGCUGGUUGGUGACGAUGUUUUUGCACACUUUACCAGUAUGUUGGCAUCGAAGCCGUUUGCUGAUGGUUUGCGUAAGAUCAUCACGGCUCAACAACAGAAGUCCUCAUUAUCUGAUGCAUCUGGAUUUAUACCUGACUUCGAAGACAUUAAUCAGCGGAUCAUGAGUUUGGCGACAUACGAAGUAAAAUGCGUGGCGGGUCUGCACUCGCGCUUCAUUGCGAAGCUAGAUUGCUCAGCCUGUAGAAUUGAUGUGACCAAGGCCACACACCAGGGCAGUUUGUCGUUUGUGGACCAAAUGAAGAGGCGGAUUUACAUUGCAAAGUGCGCGCUCGCGGAGCGCUCUGGGACAGGAAUGCGGGUGAGCCAUUUGGUGGCAAGAUGCAUCAACCAACUGCUCGGUGGUAUCCUGCAGGACUGCUCCGUGUUAGAAUCGAUUUUGACUUGCAAUGAAGUGGAGAUUCCCAACGUACUGCAACGACUUGAUAUCUAUGAAGACCCUUUCCUGAUUGUGGAGAAGCUUCGAGGUGUAAUGGGCCACCCUUUAUGCGAGACAGACUGCACUAACGUGGAGCUGGCUCCGUUACGCUCCUGUCUACCUGGAGAACUUGUCGCGGUGGAAGAUGAUAGUGGAAUCCUGUGCUAUAGCAAAAUUCUACGUGAAGCGCCAAGUGACGUUGCAGGUGUUAGUCAAUAUGAAGUGAAAGUGAACAGCUCGUCAACUCGAUGGAUGUUGGCCACCCAAUUGUAUUUCUUCCGAUCUGCUCGCAUGGAAAUGGGCAGCCAUCACACUGCUGCGACUACUGGGUCGUCUAGACGUCAAGUCGAAGACAUUGCAGCUAGUUACGAUGAGGACACAGCAUUGCCAACAUCCGUCGUAGCAAUUGCUUCUCAAGCUCAAAGCAAUGAGAUUGCGUCUCGUGUCAAAGCUCCAGCAUUAAUGAUCUCCUCUGCAAAUGUCUUGUCUGCUGUCAAUGACCUCCUAUCUCGCCUAAACGUAACGUUGGAUACGAGUGUGGAAAACCUGAUGGCUGAGAACCUGCGACUGCAACGGCGUCUGGAGGUAGCAGAAGCUAGUUGCCGUGCAGCAGCAACGCAGAUUGACAUGGUCAUGCGUGAAAAAAAAGAAGUGCAGGACUCCCUCGUGUGCGCCGUGUGUCUGGAAAAUAAAGUGAACCGCGUGCUUAUCCCGUGCGGUCACAUCUACUGUGCCGUCUGCGUGGAACAGCUGCCGCGUCUUUCGUGUCCAGUGUGUCGCGAGAAUAUUAUUUCCAGCUCUGUCUUUCAUGUGCCAUCAUAG